AUGAAGAGUAUUUCUUCUGUUGGUAGAAAUUUAAUAAUUUCUACUGAAGAUAGAUAUACCCAAUACUUCCUUCCGAAGAAGCUUUUUGAUACUGACUCAGAUUAUGAAAUAACUAAAUUAUUAUUGCAAAUAUUAUCAACAAUUGAUAAUCCUUUGUUUGAGAAAAUACAAGAAUGGGAAAUUGGUUUUGAUGAGAACGGAGAUGAAAUUAUUUCAAUUGUUUGUGAAAUAGAUAGACUUGUUAAUGACUAUUUUAAUUCUGCAAUUUCAAUUGAAGCAAUUCAAUAUUUUUCUAGUGACAUACAAACAUUAAUAGAAAUAAUUAUUUCAUUGAAACAAUUAUUAUGUCAAUCACUUAAAAGUGAGCAACCUUUUUUAUUCAGUUCAAUGUCAUUUGCACUUCAAAGUGACCCAUCAUCACCUAUUCCUCAAAUGAAAGUAUCAUCAUUAGGAUUUUUAUUACCUCAUUUCAUUAAUUCAGUAAAAGAAUUAGAUGGGAUUAAACCAUUUGUUCCAAAUGAAUUUUUAGUAAAGAACAUUUCAAGUUGGGACAUUACUACUAAAGUUGAGAUAAAUUCUUUUGGUGUUUUAUUAAAUAAACUUCUCUUUCAACAAAAUCCAGUAAUACAAGAUUCACAAUUUAUUGUUAGUACAAAUACAUUAACUCCACAAUUAAAUGGUUGUUUAAUUCAACCACCAAUAAAGUUUCUUGAAAAGCUUUUUAAAAGAAGAUUAAUUUCUUUUUCAAAAAUUAAAGAAGCUAUGAUGAAAGAUCCAUAUUUCAAUGAAUGUUGGAAAUAUAAACAUAUUGAACCAGAAUAUAUUAGUAAUAUUUUUGAUAUUUUUGAUCGUGAAUCAUGUAAAAUUCUUGGUAAAGGAUCAUUUGGAUGUGUAUUUUCAGCGUCAUGUAAAGGUAAUUUUUUUGCAAUAAAAGAAAUGAGUGAUUAUGAAAGUGCAAUAAAAGAAGUUCGUACAAUGAAUAUUUGUAGUCAUGAAAAUGUAGUUAAAUUAUAUAAAUUUUUUAAAUCUCCUAUAUCAGUAAAAUUUAAUUUUUUUUCACAAGAUGCAAUAGAUUCAAAUACAUUUUAUUAUAUAAUUAUGGAAUGUUCAGCGUAUGGUUCUUUAUUUAAUUUUAUUUCAAUGAAUCCAAAUGGAAUUUCAUUACAAUAUAUUCAACAAUUUAUGUUUGAUAUUAAUAAUGCAAUGAAAUAUUUAAUAUUUACACGACAAAUAAUUCAUAGAGAUAUUAAAACACAAAAUAUUCUUGUUUUUCAAGACUCAUCAAAACCUAAUGGACUAACAUUAAAAUUAUGUGAUUUUGGUUCCAGUAGGUUGAUUGGAGAUAAUAAUUUUGAUACAAUAUUUGUUGGUUCAAGUUAUACUAACCAACCAGAAAUCUCACAUGGAACAAUUUAUAAUGAAAAAUGUGAUUUGUUUAGUAUUGGUGUCAUAUUAUAUGAAAUGAUUACUGGAACUGUAUUAAAUAUUCAAAAAACUUCUAAUAUUCCUAUUGAAAAUUAUUAUUCUUUUUAUCAAUUAAAACUCAAUGAAAUUAUUGAACAUUCAAAUGAAUUUGUUUGUGGCAGUCAACCACAAUUUGUAAUAUUAAUAGAUUUAUUAAGAAAGUUAUUUGUAACUCAAGACUCAAGAUUAACAUGGAAACAAUAUCUACAACAUCCAUUCUUUAGUAUCAUAAUUCAAUAA